CCUCGAACAGGAAUUGUUUUGACAAUGAUGUAAACAUAAAUAGUUCUGUAGAAAAAGAAAAACUGUCCGAACCGGUUGAUAGAUUCUAUAUGGUCAUGGCAGACGAUUUAGACGACCUUCUUGAUGAAGUGGAAACUAAAUACUGUUCGAGAGAUAAACAGAAAAAUAAACAGCUGAACAAAAAUAGAAAAUCAACAGAAGAUGACCUGGAUGACAUUUUGAAUGAUAUAACAGUGGAUCCAGAUUUUAAACCAAUUAAAUCCAGUGAUGUAAAGUCAAGCAAUCAAACUGUAAUACGUCCAGAAUCUGCCCGCAGGUGUUUCCCGUUAUAUUUAGGAGGUUCUGCUAGCUCUCUAGGAAUGGCCAAUUCUCUAACCCCAAGGUCCUGUGAUCAGAUGAGAUGUACAUCGUGUGAUUUUAAAGUUGCCAUUUUUGACAGUUUUGAAUGGGAUGCAUCAACAGAUUAUCUAUUUCUCAGGAAUAAUUGCCCAGACUUCCAAAGAUUAAAAUCGAAAUUGCGUUCAAAACGAGGUUGCCGGGCCUAUUGCUGCCAGUGUUGUCAUCGUUCUGUUUCCACUCUAGAAAAACUGACAGAUUCUGCUCUUAAGUGGGUGUGUGGGAAACAUUGACAACAGCCUAUAUUUAGACAUUUAUGAUCCAUGCACAUUUCAAAUUGACACCCUUCCUCAUCAGUCGCUUUAGGAUUUCCUUCCUGUGAGACAGUAAUUGCAGGAAAAUGUGGGGUUUUUUUUUCACAAUACACCAUCACCUCUUGGAAAUUAAUUUACUGUUGCUGUGGUGGGAUUUCAUACACAAUCUUUAGGCACUGACAGAAUGGAUGAUUCUUGUUUACUUAUCUUGAUGAAGGAAUGUCAUAACAUUCUGGAAGCAUCAGGAAUUUCUGACAAACUGUUAUUAACACAAUAAGAUUUCAAGUUUACACUUUGCAAAAUGUUAUAUAUAUAUAUAUACACUGUACAUGUAUAUAUAUAUAUAAAUAAUACUGAGAAAUUGAACUCUUUUAUUUACACAUCAACAAAAACCAAAACAGUAUACACUAAGUACUGUAUUUGUUUUAAAUGAAUGAACAGUGUUCACAGUAACCUUCUAGUAAGAUUGUUGUAGAAAAGAUUGAAUUAAUAUGAAAUUGUCUGAACAGUUUGUGAGGUGUAAUGUUUGCUCUCAUUCUUAGAUACUUAUUAUUGACUUUGUGUGAUGUCUGUGAUGUUUUAUAGAAUCAAAUUAAAGAAUAUGCUGUUUACAUGACUAUUUAAAGGGUUGUAUGAAAAACAAUGUUAAUUAUGUACAUAUCAAGUGAAUUAAACUGAACUUAUUAAUA